AUGACAUCCGUCACCGAACCCUCAAAAUCCUCUCAGCUAUCAAAGACUGUGGCGGUUAUGUCACUAGCUGACGGGGAUGCCCAGACAGUUACAGCUCCUGGAGUUCCUUCAGAUGGACCCAUUAUCGAGGCAGCGAAGCCAUCGCAGGGUGCGCACGACCAAGUCGUAACACCGUGGGACGUACAAGGCUCGGUAUCGACGGAUGGCAAGCAGGCCGCAAUUGAUUACGAAAAACUCAUCGUGCAAUUUGGCACGCGACGGGUGGACGACGCGCUCUUGGAACGAUUUGAACGACUCACAGGCAAACGUGCUCACCCUCUCUUGCGUCGCGGCGCUUUCUUCUCGCAUCGUGAAUUCGACAAGAUCCUUGAUCGAUAUGAGCAGGGAAAGCCGUUUUUCUUGUAUACUGGGCGAGGGCCGAGUAGUGAUAGCAUGCAUCUGGGACAUAUGAUCCCGUUUGUAUUCACGAAAUGGUUGCAAGACGCGUUCGAUGUACCACUAGUGAUUCAACUGACAGACGACGAAAAAUUCCUGUUCAAGCAUGAGCUCAAACCGGAGCAAACUUACAAGUAUGGCUUAGAUAACGCAAAAGACAUUAUUGCUGUCGGCUUCAAUCUCGAAAAGACAUUUAUCUUCAGUAACUUUGACUACGUUCGAGGACCAUUCUACAAGAACGUAUCGAAAAUAUCGCGACAGAUCACUAUUAACCAGGCGAAAGCGACAUUUGGGUUCAAUGACUCCGAUAACAUUGGCAAAAUCCACUUCGCUGCCAUUCAGGCGGCACCUUCGUUCUCGAAUUCCUUCCCUCAAAUCUUUGGCGAGGUCACCAAUAUUCCUUGCCUAAUCCCGUGCGCGAUUGACCAAGACCCGUACUUCCGUCUUACUCGCGACGUAGCAGUGAAGCUCAAAUACCCGAAGCCUGCACUUAUACACUCAAAAUUCUUCCCAGCGCUACAAGGACCGCAAUCGAAGAUGAGCGCAUCGGAUCCGAAUUCAAGUAUAUUUAUGACGGACAAGCCGAACGAGAUCAAGAAUAAAAUAAAUAGACAUGGUUUCUCGGGUGGACAAGAAACAGUUGAAGAGCAUAGGCGAUUAGGAGGCAAUCCGGACGUGGAUGUCAGCUAUCAAUAUCUCACUUUCUUCCUAGACGAUGACGAGGAGUUGAAGCGACUUUAUAACGAUUACAAAACAGGCGCCCUUUUAACUGGGGAACUGAAGUCUAAAUGCAUUGCUCUAUUACAGGAGUUUGUCAAAUCGUUCCAGGAACGACGAGCCAAAGUCACAGACGAGGAGCUUAGGUCUUUCAUGGAUGCCACAAGAAAAAUCAGCCCUACCAUUGGAAAAUGUAUUGCUCAAGCGGCCACCUCUACAUAA